AUGCCAGAUGCAUAUAAUGCUAUAGAUGCAUCCGCAAAUGCCAGCAGGCCAUUGGGCCGCAAAAGGAAGCGAGUUUCGGUAGCUUGCCGACCAUGCCGGUCUCGAAAAUCUCGUUGCAAUGGCGCGAAUCCGUGCUCGACGUGCGAGGAGAUGGAAGUUCAUUGCCAGUAUGAUUUGCCCUGCACGACUAAAACUACACCCGAGAUUAGGGAAGCUCCAGUUGAUAUUCGAAAUGACCGAACUACUGCCCUGGAGCAGCGCCUUCAAGAUAUUGAGCGCAGACUGGCAUCCCUAGAAGAUCCCCGGUUACCAAAUAAUAAUAAUCAAACUUCCGACUCCCUCCAGUAUGGGUCACACGAAUUGAGGCAAAGAUCAAAGGCUAUGCGCAGAGGUUCCUGGAGUACCGAGCAGGAGACACCGUCAACUGCUCCUGUACUCAGUAUUUCGAGAAUCUCCGACCAAUCCGAUGGUGUCGAUGGAAUGGGCUCCGUUGCACUGCGAGAAGGUGUUGAGGAAGAUGAAUACUUCGGCAACUCAUCCAAUGUGGCUUUCUUACGUUCAAUCGUUCAGGCAACUGUUCACUCAGCGGGACUUGGGCCUAAGACAUUACUAGAGCCGGGAAUCACCGGCUCAGAAAACCCCGGCCAUAACGAUUCAAAUUCAUUCCUCAUGUGGCCUUUUCGUACCGAUCAAUCAGGCAACGCAUCGCGGCGUACCCCGAUUGAUCCUUUCGCGCUUCCUCCCAAAUAUACGGCAGAUGAUUUGCUUCACUUGUACUUUAACACCGUCAACCUUAUGAUCCCUUGUAUUCACGAGGCUUCAUUUCGACAAACCCUAUUCCGGAUGAGGACCGAGGGACCUGAAAAUAUCAGAAGAUCGUGGCUCGGCGUUUUGAACAUGAUGUUUGCUAUCACUACGAAUGUGAUGACUCCGACUUCGCCUACGCAAGAUCGAGCGCAACAGUCAAAUACAUUCUACGAGAGGGCUAUGGAGCUAGUCAGCCCAGGCAUUUUGGGGCGACCUUCAGUUGAAAUGGUCUCGCUGUUAAGGGGUCCUAUCAAUUGGGACUUCACUUGUCCGGAUCGUCGCGUCUCUCGCAGGUUGAAAGGGAAUGUCGACGGAGAUUGUGGUACUGGUGCAUAA